ACCGCAAAACGGUUGCUGACAUAACAGUUGAAGUCAAUAAUUUAUGUAACUGUAACAUGAUAUACCUACUAUGUAAGAGUGAAUAUUGUUAUUUGAUAACGUUAUUCACUUUUUCUGCAACGCUCUCGUGUUGUACUGUCGUGUCCGCAGCGUGGCGUUGAAACGACAACGUAGGUAAACGAUUGACCAAGCACGCCAGCCCCGACAACUUGCCGCAACAUUCUUAGCGUAAAAGUUACCGUGAAUGGUUUACUCUAUGUAAUUUGCGAUGUUCGAGUUGCUGUUUUACAAGUUUUCCUAACGAUUAAUAUAGUGCGAACGACUUAGGUUACCCAUAUACGAUUAUAACGAAAGUGAUGAUGUGUGUUACUGAUAUUCGACUGCUCCGACGGUACUUUUUAGUGCUUGUAAAAUACGCGCACGGCGCGAACAUUAGUCAGUGAAGAGGUGAUUUUGCAAAGGUUUUAAUACUAAAGAACACUUCGUCAAUGAGAACUAAUAAAGAAAAUGAUGAACAGAAAUACUAGUAGGAGGAUUGCAGAAUUCCAGGACGAGGUUUACAGCGCGGGAAAUAUCAUAGGGAAUUUCCGACGAGCUUCAUCACUGCGGCUGCGCGGUGAAAAAAUGGUGCAGCGCUCACCUUUACUUACAAGGAAAUACAUUCCAGUAAUCACGGAAAACAUAAAUCAAAAACAACGGAACGAUGGCUCUCGUUUACCAGAGCCAAGCCAUCGUCCUCGAAGUCAAUCAUUUAAUGCCAACACGCAAGGUAGACCUAAAAAAUCUUGUUUAAAAAUACAGGAAUGUAUGGACAGGAAAAUGAGUAUGACAGAUUCUGCCCAUACCCCACCGGGCUCCCCGGAAGAUCUGCCCGACGACGAGUCUCUCCACAGCUAUGGUAGCGCAGCCACAGCGGCUUCAGUAGAUGCAGGCUAUGCACCAUUCAAUGGUACAACAUUUAGUGGAAGGUCCAUGCGUUACGUGUUGCACUGUUCCUCACACGCCGGCCUUGCAGGAGAGGAAUAUCUUACACCAACACAACGCGCACAAAAACAGAUUCGUCGUCUGAAAAGUCUACUUACCCAGGCAAAAAAGGAUUUGGAGAAAAAAGAUAGUGAAAUAUUCCAGCUCACAAAAGAGGUUGUGGAACUACGUCUGUACAAAGCAUCAAUAUUUUCACCUGAUGAAAAGUCCAACUCGAGCGAGAUUGUCACUAUAAGGGAGAACAAUGAUGAGGCUUCUAUUGAAGAGCAAAGUAUUAAAUUCAAAGAUCAAUGUAGAUCCUAUGAUGUGACAGACAGUCCUUUGUUCAAAGAUCGGACACCUACCCGAAGCCGAAAUGAAAUGCAAGGAUCCUUUACUGAUUCUGGUCACUUUGAUGAUCUCACUAACUCAUCAUUGCAUUCUAAGGAAUCCGUUCACAUGCUGACACAUGAUGCUUCCUGCAUGACUGAAGCAGUUGACAGCGAUGAAGAAAGAAGAAAUUUAAUAUCAUUCUAUGAGAAAAAAGUAGAAGAUGUCAUGCGUGCACAUGUGGGGGAGACACAAGAAAUGAAGAAGGCCCAUAAUGACAAAGUUGAAGCAUUACUUCAGAAAUUAUCAGAUGUGAAUACGAGAUACUGUGAAUUGUUACCUAAUUAUGAGCAAGCUAAAGAGAGAAUACACGUUUUAGAGAAGCAGUUGGAGGAAGCCAGUCGACAGCUGCAGGAUGAAGAGAAUAGACAGCGUGCUAUGUACCUUCAAAUGUAUAACAAAGGAUUGGAGGCUGCUAAAUUUGAUUUGGAGAAGGAAGGUGAACAGGAGGGAUCUCAGAGUCAGAUGAGUCGGGUAUCAGUAGAGGAAUUGCUAGAGCAGCUACAAAUAACACAGACGGAGCUUGAGAACGUCCGAGACACAGCAUUCACAUCGGACAGAACAGCAAAGUCACAAGUACUUCUAAGUGCAAAGGAGGCUGUUUCUUUAUGGGUCCUAGGAGCUCGAAAGGCCAUGUACCGCCGAAUUGUCGAGUCUCAGAAAGGCAGCAAGAGCAACGUCGACCCCGAAGUUACGCUACAGUUCCUGAAAUCGGCGAUUUAUUACUUCCUCACUGACCCAGAGAACCACCAAGGACAUCUUAAUGCAAUUGAAAAUAUUCUAGGGUUCACGGAGGCUGAGAAAACGAACAUACGCAAGGCCAGAACGACAUAGAGACUGCAAUCAAGUGUGAUAUUCAACGUAGAUAAAUUAAUUUUAUUUGCUACUUAGCAUAAUUUUGCAUGUUGCAAAUAUUAGCAUAAUUACUUAAUAGACAGUUCCGUACACAUAGUGUACUAAAAGCACUUAAACGUUUUAAGAUUAAAUUUGUGUUCUAAGAAAUAGUAUUAUACACAGAGUAUUGUAUAAGUUCUAUCUAGUUCUACAUCUGUUUUCUUCACUCAGUGCUUGUGAAUCGAUUAUCGAAUUUAUAUUUUGUUUGUGAUUAUUAGUUAAGCGCCAAAGAAAAACAUUCCUAUAAUUUAUGUUGUGCAAUUUUGACUUAGUUUUAAGUGUAAAGAGAAGCUGAAAUCAUGGAAGCUACAUGACAAUAUUGAUGUUAUCAUUUUUAGAUCUCUUCUUUUACUCUGUUUUUUAAUUUUUAUUUUUAUUAUUUUGUUACUGUUGUUUAUGCAUGCGUGUUUUUGUUUAAAAUUAUGUUGAAACAUCGAAUUUUAUUUUAACCUGAGUAAAUGGGAAGAUAAAUUCUAAGCGAGGAUAUUAUUUAUUACAUAGGUAGCUAUUAUUUUAUUUAAAUUAUAGUACGCCGUCCGCACCGUUAUAUAAUUUAUCUUCUUUGUGUUACUGAAUCGGUACCUAUCUAGUUUUUUUCUUGCCACUUCGAAAGCUGCGCCUGUGAUUAGUCUGCAUAAUAUAGCAUUGCAUAAUAAAAUAUUAUUUUAUGUUGUUCUUUUUAUUACAAAUUUUAAUUAAGGAUUAAUAAGAUUGUUUCUCUUCAAUUUGAAAUUCUUAGUGACAACAUUGGUCUAAGUAUUAUUAUCAUAUUCACAUCACAUAAACUUUAUUAUGAACUGUUGUUCUAUGCGUGUCAAAUUGAUGAGAUUUUUAUUAGGUUGUUGUAAACUUAAAACAAGCAAAUUAAAUAAAUGAUUUUGCAUCUCAUAUUUAAUUGCGAAUAUUUUUAGAUUUAGAAAUAUAUUGUACCUUAUAACUUAUACUGUAGGUACAUAAUUAUAGUAUUUAUUCACUGUUUGUACAUAGUAGGUACUUGAUGACAUGACGACUGUGACUGCUGCUUUUAUUGGGUUUGAAUGAAUAAACGGUGAAUAAUAAAUUUCUUUUUCGUCUUAA